AUGCAUGUUUUAAAGAGGAUAUCAGUCGAAUCGAAACUUUUCAUAAAGCUAAUUCCAAUCGCCAAGGGUUUCCAUUUCUCUCUCAUUUUUUCCGGCGACAAUCACGAAGCAUUUUCCGGUGAAUUUCAGUGCAUCCCACUUCUUCCGCCGGAGGGAUUUGCAGCUUCUUACCGGGUUUCAGUUGCUCCACCGGCGACUAUCACCACCUCAGCUCGCCACAGUUUCCGACGAACUUCUCCACCGGCUAAGGUGCGAGAUUUCUCUAAUCUUCAACUUUUAGAACCACCACAUCAACGCCACUGUUGCCGUCUGUCUCCAUCGAUGUCAACUGUCUCCGGCGAUAUCCACCGUCUCCGACGAACUUCUCCACUGGCUCCACUGUUUUCAGCUCUACAACCACAGGAUGUGAAUGUUAAUGUUUUUCUCCAAAACCCGACGUUUAUGACGGUAAUUGAAGAUAUUAUGCGCUCAUUUAGCAAACAAGUCGACAAUGCGACCAACAACAACGAUGAAAACGAUGAUGGGGAAGACGAUUAG